AUGUAUGUUCAGAAUAAAAGCAGUCUUGUUGAUUUCUUGCACGGUUUCGAAAGAGCUGUAAAAGAAUACAGACAUAAUGAGUUAAUGUCUAAUUUUAAAACGUUCUAUUAUGAUCCCGUGCUAACAACUAAAUUGGAGGGGUUGGAGCUUGAAGCUGCAAAGAUCUUUACUGGGAAAAAAUUUAAGGAAGUUCAAGAUGAAAUAGAAGACGCGAUCACGGUAAAUGUUAUCGAACGCUCUGAGCUCGAAAAUGUUGUGACUUUUAAGAUGAAUAGAUUUUGCAACAAAAAUUCUACAUAUCUAGUUCAUCUUGAUAGGGCGCAAAGUAAAUUUUUAUGUGAUUGUAAUUUGUUUGAACGGGUAGGAAUUCCAUGUUCUCACAUCAUUUGUGCCAUGCGGCAUGAGCACAUAAACAUAUUUCCAAAUAGUUUGAUUUGUAAAAGAUGGACCAUAUCAGCAAAGGAUGAUUAUAUAUCGUCAAUGUCUUCUGAAGAAUGUGAUGAUGAGAAAAUGGUCAUGUUUCGUCGAGGGACUAUGUCUUCUGCGUUUAAUAGUCUGUGUGAUAUUUCUUGUAAGCAUCCAGAUGAUUUUAAAGAGGCUUUGAAAGGGAUUUAUAGUUUGUGUGAGAAAAUAAAGAGGCGUCGUGAUGUCAAUGGAAAUCAUAAGACUAAUACAAAUGUUAUUAAUGAUCCCAUUCAGGCCAAGACCAAAGGUGCUCCUCGUAAGAACAAAGGCAUUCCUCGCAUGACCAAAGGUGCUUCUCGUAAUACAAAAGGUGUCCCUUGUAAUACCAGUCACACAAAGCAUAAGUGUCAAGAUAUAGGUAAAAAUGAUGUUCUACAUGAAGUUGACAAAGGCUCUGUUGCAAUAUUAAAUGUAGGGUGUGAGGGUGUUGAUAAGAAUUAUGAUAGUCAGCAGAAGAAAAAAGAUGUUGAUGUUGUUUGUUCAAUGAAAGAAUUUAUCAAUAAAAAAACAUCAAAACAUGUAAGUUAA